GACACGCCCCCGUGUGUUUCUAAAUCACGCCCAUAUCCUCUCGCGCGCCGCGUUUACUCCCCCACUGAACUUACUCCAUGCGCAUUCUUCUCUCUCAGAACUUCGCCUGUUUCCACAGAGAACGCGACCAGUCAGUUAGGAACUACAGCGGAAAUCUCUGAAAGAUAGCCAUUAUGCCAGAGGCCAGAGGACAAGACACUGUGAUCGAGCCUGCUGAGGAUCCUCAGAUACGGAGAGAGAAGGGCCAAGGAACAACGCCAGAGCAGAGAGAGAAGUGGGCCAACAAGACCGAGUUUCUGCUGUCCAUGGCUGGUGAAAUCAUUGGCCUGGGCAAUGUGUGGCGCUUUCCUUAUCUCUGCUACAAGAACGGAGGAGGUGUAUUCUUCAUCCCUUAUUUUGUCUUCCUCUUCUUCUGUGGCAUCCCUGUCUUUUUCCUGGAGACUGCAUUGGGUCAAUACACCAGUGAAGGAGGGAUCACAGCCUGGAGGAAGAUAUGUCCUAUAUUUGAAGGAAUUGGUGUAGCAUCUCAGGUUAUUGUCAUCUACCUGAAUAUCUACUACAUUGUGGUUCUUGCCUGGGCGGUCUUCUACCUCUUCAGCUGUUUCCAGACCACAUUGCCUUGGAUCUCCUGUGCCCACGAAUGGAACACAGAAUCUUGUCAUGUGUAUAACAAAAGCUUACAGGACUCUGGCCUGCACAAGGCAGAUGCUGACUGGUCCUUCCUGUACAAUGAAACCUAUGACUACAGUAGAAGUAUCAACGUCUCUACACCUUUCAAGGUUGUCUCUCCAGAGGAGGAAUUCUGGCUUCAUCGCGUGCAGAGGAUAUCCAGCAGUGAUUUCCUGGGCCCACCGCACUAUGACCUGACACUCUGUCUUUUGCUGGUCUGGAUUAUCUGUUACUUUUGCAUCUGGAAAGGAGUCAAGACCACAGGCAAGGUGGUCUACUUCACAGCCACGUUCCCAUAUGUCAUGCUGCUGAUUCUGUUUUUCCGAGGAGUCACUCUACCUGGUGCUGGGGCGGGAAUCAGCUAUUACCUGUACCCUGAUAUCUCCAAACUCUCCAAUCCUGACGUUUGGUGUGACGCAGGGACCCAAGUCUUUUUUUCCUAUGCCGUGUGUCAGGGUGUCCUCACCGCUUUGGGAAGCUAUAACAAAUACCACAAUGAUUGCUACAAAGACUGCAUCGCUCUCUGUGCCCUGAACAGUGGCACCAGCAUCUUUGCAGGCUUUGCUGUAUUCUCUAUCCUGGGCUACAUGGCUCAUGAGCUGUCCUUGCCUAUGGAGGACAUAGUGAAAGCAGGUCCAGGCCUGGCGUUUAUAGCAUAUCCCAAAGCCCUGUCUCUCCUCCCAGGCCCUCAGUUCUGGUCUGUCCUUUUCUUCCUGAUGGUCCUCUUCCUUGGACUAGACAGCCAGUUUGUGUGUGUUGAGAGUCUAGCCACAGCACUCACCGAUGUUUUCCCUGAAAUUCUGAGGAAGCCAAAGCGCAGAGAGAUUCUGGUGUUGCUCAUUGCUGUGGUCUGCUUCCUGCUGGGCCUUCCUCUGGUCACUCCGGGUGGGCUCCACCUUUUUAAGCUGAUAGACACGUAUGGCCCCAGUGGAACAAACCUGCUCCUCAUCGCCUGCUUCGAGACGCUUGUCAUUGCCUGGGUGUAUGGUGCAGACCGUUUUUUUGAUAACAUCGAGGACAUGAUAGGAUAUCCUCCUUUGCCUGUGCUGAAGUAUUGCUGGCUCUUCGUCACCCCGUUCAUCUGUGGAGCCACUCUCUUGUAUGAUCUGAUCAGGAGUCCACCACUCAGCAGUUCAGCAGACUUCGUACCGAGCUGGGGUUCCGGAGUCGCUGCCCUGCUCACUCUCACACCGAUGAUCUGUGUCCCCAUCUUCAUCCUGGUCGCCGUCAAAAGGGGUCCUUACCUGAUCGUACCCUCUGCUGACCUGCAACAGCGCAGCCCAAACAAGCCUCGGCUAACUCUGUGUGAGCAUGUCAUCAUUAAGAGACAGAAGCUUUCUCACACAGAGGGAGACAAAAGUGUCGAGGAAAAAACCCUGAAAGAGGACACCACUGACAUGUGAUGUGAAGUACGACAUCAGCAGACAGUCUCUGACCUCAUACUCUCUGGAAGGAUGCAGAAACUCUUUGCUAGAUAAUGAAACCUCAAGUGAAAUCAACCUCAGCUACAGUUCACAAAAGCAAGAAAAUGAUGCUGAUCGAUAGAGUGAGACUCUGGUUGUUUUUCCCACUCUCUUUUUUUUAAUGUAUAAUAUAAGCUCAUUUAAUAGAUGUAUCUUUUGAGUAAAGACUGAUUAAAGGUGGACCUGAUAUUUCCACUGCUAGCACUGGUGAUAUAGCUGUCCAUAAUACAGGUACCUUGGUGUCAUAUUUUAUAUUUUAACUCUCAUGGGACUCAUCAGUAUAAAUUAUGACUGAGACAAGAUUGAGCAUAUUCAUUUUAAUAUGGCUUUUGUAUGGUUUUGUAAAUCAAUAUACCACAAAUAUGAAAUUGUAUCCAUGUUGACAUAUGUAACCAGAAUUAGUAAUAUCUGCCUAAAACUGGUGUUUUUACAUUCCAUUACAUUUAAUCUAUGUUUUUACUUCUAAGCAGCACUGCUGUACAGCAAUACAGAUAAAACUCUAA